CGCCUCGCCCAGGAGAAGCAGGAAGUGGGACCAAAACAAAGGAGCGGCGGCCAGAAGCGAACUCCCUGCUCCUUCCUGCGUCCGCGCCCACCUCGGCCCUGGCCGACGACCCCGAGGAGCCGUCCGACCAUGUCCAACAUGGAGAAACACCUGUUCAACCUGAAGUUCGCGGCCAAAGAACUGAGCAGGAGUGCCAAAAAAUGCGACAAGGAGGAAAAGGCUGAGAAGGCCAAAAUUAAGAAGGCCAUUCAGAAGGGCAACAUGGAAGUUGCGAGGAUUCACGCCGAGAAUGCGAUUCGCCAGAAGAACCAGGCGGUGAAUUUCCUGAGAAUGAGCGCGCGGGUCGACGCGGUGGCCGCCAGGGUCCAGACGGCCGUGACGAUGGGCAAGGUGACCAAGUCGAUGGCCGGUGUGGUGAAGUCGAUGGACGCGACGCUGAAGACCAUGAAUCUGGAGAAGAUCUCCGCCCUGAUGGACAAGUUCGAGCACCAGUUUGAGACGCUGGACGUGCAGACGCAGCAGAUGGAAGACACGAUGAGCAGCACGACGACGCUGACCACCCCCCAGAACCAGGUGGACAUGCUGCUGCAGGAGAUGGCCGACGAGGCCGGCCUCGACCUCAACAUGGAGCUGCCGCAGGGCCAGACCGGCUCGGUGGGCACCAGCGUGGCCUCGGCCGAGCAGGACGAGCUGUCCCAGAGACUGGCCCGCCUGCGGGACCAGGUGUGACCGCAGGACCCGCGCUGAGGCCGCGGCGCAUCGGAAGAGACACCCUACACCAGAAACUCCCAGCGUGCGGAAUGCUGAACUGCCCUCUACUGAAGACUGUUCUACCCAGGCUCUCUCCACUCCUGACGGAAGUUCUGUAUAGCUUGUGAUGAUCUGUAUUUUUAUAGCUGCCUUCUAACAGAACUAGUUAACUUGGUGUGUAUGAAUGUUUCUCCAAAAUUUGGUCAAAACUCUAAUUCCUGGGAAUUCAGUUUUCUGCCCGAAUUAUAAAAAUUGAAGGGGUGUGUGUGAGUGUGUGUGUGUGUGUGUGUAUAAUUGAUAAUAUCUAGAGUUGACAGGUGGUGAUUACUUAGAUUGACUACAGGGCUGUCAACACCUCAUCCGCGACCUUAUUUAAGGACAGUGCUAUUCUGCGCAUCCUUUCUUUUUUGGCAUCAAAUCCAGAGUACAGUUGACUAUUAAUCUGUUCUCAUAACUUACACUAAAAUUACCCCAGGACUUUCUUGCAUAAUACUCUCUUACUGUCUGCGUUAUAUAAAUUCUUCAUGUGGUAGUUGUCAUUUUAAUAACGGGGGAAAUGCCACGUAACAUCCACUUAUUAUAAGAGGAAAUUAUUCAUUUAUGUUAAGAUUUACAGAGUUUAACAUGGGACUUUGUUUUCAUAGGAACUUCUCUAAUAUGUUUCUAGUUAUUUUCCUAUUUAAUACUUUAAUUGGGCUUCUUAUAAGGUACGCUGCUUAGCAUGGCAGUCAUGUUACUCGCUUUAAUAUUGCCAAAGAGCUGUUGAUUGAGGAAGCCCUGAGACUGUGUGUGUGCAUAGGUUUUGUUUUGAUCUUAAUCAAAAAUAGAAAUAAAAUUAGAACUGCAUUUUAGGGCCUAAUUAUUUGCAUUUCUUAUUUUGUCUUAAAGCAACACUUUUAAAACCUUUCCUUCAUUGGAAGAUUUCUCCAUGAGAGAAUUAUUUCAGAUAAUUAAAAAUAUUCCUCUAAGUCCUUUGAGAGAUUCGUCACCAAGUAUUCACCAUUAUGACACGUUCUCCCAUGUGAGUGCGCGUGUUUAAGGGGGAGAAAACAAAGAGGUUUGUGCAGAUGCUGAACGAGCCUCAUACUAAGUGUCGUUCUGACUGGAUGCUGUUCCAGAGUUUUCCGUAAGGCACACCUGUCAGAUGUCAGCCGCAAAUCUUUCUAAAACUUGUCCUUUUUUGGUGUCUCCUGUGAUUCACAUGGUUGCACGGAGACAGCUGUGUGUGAAUACAGCGUGAGCCCCACCCCCUCUUCAGACUGGAAAAAAUAAUUACAACCUAAAAAUUAGCUUAGUGUUGAUCGUUUGGUAAAUUGAGGACCCUUUUAUAGCGCAGAUACUCCCAACAAAACUAAUAUAUUUUGUGAGGUUAAACAAAGCUUGUAUAUGCUUGGACUUUCUGAAAUAUGUUCAUUUCAAACUAUAUGAAUGUACCUUUCUAUGAAACAUAAAUAUUUUCAAAAGCA